AUGAUCACCAAAUACAUCACCUCCGUCGUAACCGCCUUCUCACCAUUCAACCCGAAAUCCGGCAAAACCGCCCGAAAUUUCCUCGCCGCGCUCCCCUCCAACGCCCGCUCCACCAUGACCAUCGACAUCCAACUUCUCCCCAAAGCCAUGGCCGCCAAACCCGCCACUUUGGCUCUGAAGUUUAAGGAUGGAAAAGAAAUGAAACUUGAUAUUGAAAAGAUGAAAAUUAAAGAGAUUCAAACAGAGGUCGAUCGUCACUCGAGAGUUUUGAGACGCGCGGAGGAUUUGAGUGGGAAUUGA